AUGGGUGGAGGAGUUUUUGGAGCGGCAAUUGGUGAUGCGACGGCUACUGCACCUGCAGCAACGGAUGCGCCUGCGCUGCAGGUCAUCGUCCUCGGUUCAAGCGGAGGACCGUUAGAGAAUAAUGUAACUGCAUUCCUUGUGCGGUCCGUUGCGUCGGAAUGGUCUAAGGGCUCGGUUAUCGCCGUUGACGCGGGCGUACAUCUCAGCGCUAUUAAGACCAUCUUGGAGCAAACACAACCGGCUGAUCUUGGGCAAAGCGGUGGAGCCCAACUUCCACAUACCCUCACGGCCGGCCCGUUCGCCGGGCUUGAGGUGCCAAACGCCACGGCUACCGCAAACGCCUCUCACAUACUCCAGGACCUGAUAGAAACCUAUCUCAUAACGCAUCCCCAUCUCGAUCACAUUGCCGGCUUCGUCAUCAACACGGCCGGCUUCCCGGGCACUCGACCAAAGAGAGUGGCAGGGCUACCCAGCACAAUCACUGCCCUGAAGACACACAUCUUCAACAAUGUCAUAUGGCCCAACCUGAGCGACGAAAACAACGGCGCAGGGCUGCUGACUUACAUGCGCUUAGUUGAAGGGGGCUCUCCCGCCCUUGGCGAGGGACAAGGAAGGGGCUAUCUUGAGGUGUCAGGGGGCCUGAGUGUCAAAGCCUUGAGCGUUAGUCACGGGCACUGCAUCGAGAGGCACAGCCAUCGCGGCAGCAGCAGCACCCGCCACGGGAGUUUCGAUGCCUCGUCCAUGGGAGUAGGGCCCUCCCCAAACGUAGCCUCUCCUGGGCGUAACCUUGCGCAUCACACUUCCCUACCGACCAACAUUGGCGCCAUCCUACAGCAGCACGAACGCCUGCAGACUGCUUCCCCAGCAGGCAGGCGGGGCAGCUCAUUGUCAGCUGCCCCCCCCGUCGACGAAUCGGUGUGUGUCUAUGACAGCUCCGCAUACUUUAUCCGGCACGCGGCAACGGGACGCGAAGUACUCAUCUUUGGCGACGUCGAGCCAGACAGCGUCAGCUUGACGCCGCGCACCCGGCAGGUCUGGCAGGAGGCGGCACCUAGGAUCGCCGCGGGCCACCUUGUCGCCAUCUUCAUCGAGUGCAGCUAUGACGACUCGCGAGCCGUGGAUCAGCUGUUUGGCCAUCUAACGCCGCGGUUCAUCCGCGAGGAGAUGACCGCGCUGGCCGAGGAAGUAGUUGCCGUGCGGCAGGAGAGGGAUGAGGCCGUCCCGGAUCACCGCAGCACCAGCAGCGACAAAAAGCGCAAACGAGUUAGCGACGAUGAGCCGCGGGCCAAGCGGAAAACUACCCCUCAGCCGGGGACGCCCGCGGAGCCGAGAUCUGAAGUCGCCAUCUCCCCUCGAAGCUUUUUCCCCCAACGGCGCGUCAACUCAGCCUCCAACUCUGUCUCAGAUCCCGACCUUCACAGCCAAGAUAUCCCCAAACCACGCCCGCUACCCACACACCCUCUUAAGAGCACCACAACGUCAUCCGCGUCGUCCUACCCCCAACCAGGACCCUGCGGCCAAGACGGCGACCAGCUCUCCGACCCCAGCCCCACGACAACAACGGCAACCACCCCGUUAACAAUCCCCACGUCCCAUCCCCUCCAACAGCAGCCGCUGCAGGAGCCGCUGGAGGAGCAGCGGCAGAAAUCGCCGCCUGCGCCCUUGCCAUUGCGCGAUGCUCUGAAAGGGCUCACGGUAGUGAUUAUACACAUAAAGGACCGCAUGUCGGACGGCCCUAGCGCGGCCGAUGUCAUUCUCGAGGAGCUGGUUGAGCAUGAGAAGGACGCGCAGUUGGGCGUGGAGUAUGUCGUUGGUCGGCCGGGGAGUGGAUAUUUUUUCUAG